GUGAAUUUCGAGAACGAAUGGACGCAAGCGAACGGCAAAUAAGCUUGAUAAAUGAAAAUCUAGCAAAGCUAUCACUACGAAUGGAUGAUAGCGACAGGAGGGUGGAAAAGUUAGAGGCGCGCCUGCAAGUAUUGGAGAGGCAAGUUGCUGAGAAAUCUGAACAGAAUAGCCAUGAACUAAUAAGAUCUGUUGAAAACCUAAAAAUGGAGUUAAACGACCGCGACCAAGAUAUUCUUCUCAAUGACAUCGAGAUUUCAUCUGUACCGGAGUUAAAAGGAGAAAAUCUACCUCAUAUAGUGAUGACAUUAGCCAAUAAACUGGGAGUUUCCUUGGCCGCCCAGGAUGUAAUGAACGUAUCCAGAUUGGGACCAUCACUUGAGACAGCCGCUGCUCUCUCCGGAUCUGAAGUGGAACCUCGGCGUCCCCGCCUAAUUUUAGUUCGACUGGCGAGGAAAGCUGUACGUGAUGAGUUGCUGCAAGCGGCCAGGGUGCGACGGGGUAUCACCACCGCUGAUACUGGAUUACCAACUAGGCGCUUCUACGUAAAUGAGCGGCUCACCAAAUUAAAUCGCCACCUCUUCCGUCGAACACGUGAGGCAACCAAACAGCACAACUGGAGAUUUGCUUGGACGCGGGAAGGCAAAAUCUUCGUACGGCAACAUCACGAGCCAAAUUCUCCGCGAAUACGCAUUCGCACGGACAAAGACCUAAUCAGGGUUUUUGGCCCUGAAGCAGUUGGUUCUGAAAAACUCGCUUGAUACCAAAUGUCAAUAUCACUAUUUUGUAAAAUUCCAAAUUCAAUUAUUAGAUAGGUUUUCUAAAUUUUUUGAGGUUACUAGUUUUGUAUUUUGUUUAUAUGUACCUGAACUAGUGUUAUUAGAUAGAAUAAGCAUAAUCUUAUCGCAUUGUAAUAUUGAAUGUUCGAAUAGUAUUAGAUUACAUUACCUAACAAGCCCUCUACAAUACUUGUGGCAGAUCCAAUACAAUUUUCUUUUUUCUAUGCAUGUUAAUACUUUAAAUAGCUGUUUUUAUUGUCAAAAACAUUAUUGCAUGAUUCUUCUCCUAGCAUAUAAGCAAAAAUUGCUCAUACUCGUAUUUCCUCAACACAUUCGUAAACAAAUUUGUAAAUUGCAUGUGGAUAAGCUUUUAGUAAAUUAUAAGUUGUUACUUGAGGAUAUAUUUAUACAAAUAACUACCGAUCACAAAUUAAAAACAGGUCGUAAUGUCGUUUCUAGAUUGUUCCAUAAUUUUUUAUUUAUACAAAUUCGAUAGUACCAAUACAUUAAUUGAAAAUAUAGACGGGUUUGACAUAACCACAGGCGUGACUUGUGAACCAGAAAACUGUAUUAAGUAUCUAGAAUCGCAUAAGGACUAUUUGAAAGUUUUACAGCAAAAUAUACGUAGUAUCAACUAUAACUUUGAUGAGCUGAACUUACUAUUAGCCAGACUCAAAUGCCCUGUAGAUGUGAUAGUGCUCUCGGAAUGCUGGCUUUCUUGUGCUACGAAUGCACAAUUACCGAUACUUCAGGGAUAUCAGUCUCACAAAACAAUUAAUAAUUAUAACAAAAAUGGUGGAUUGGUAGUCUAUAUAAGCAAUAGUAUGAACUGUACAGUAACCGAAACGGAUCUCUUGGAAGGAACCGGAUUAAUCAUAAAAAUAGGAACUGACACAGUCAUAGUGGCGAUUUAUAGAUCCCCCAGUUUUGUAAACGUAGACAAGUUUGUUAAUGCGCUUAACUUGUUAUUGGGUACUUUGUCAUCAUACAAAAAUAUAAUGGUGGUAGGAGACAUUAAUAUUAACUUACUGGACAACUGUGAUGAUACACUGGCAUACCUGGAUGCAGUUGCUCUUCACGGUCUACACCCUGCAACUAAUACACUAACUAGAGAAAAUUCUUGUCUAGAUCACGUCAUUUUAAAAACCAGACUGACAUCAUAUACAUUUACUUUAAAUACAACCAUAACUGACCAUAAUUCUGUACUAUGCUGUAUCAAGAGAAAUCAAAAGAGUCCUAAACACAAAUCGUACCUGACCAAACUCAAAAUAAAUUUUGAAAGUCUCAAAUCUGAUUGUGGUAAUUAUAAUUUCGAUAAAAUAUACAUGGAAAGUGAUUUGAAUAUGGCUACCGAUACAUUAAUAGAAAUUCUCUCAAUGCUAAUAACCAAAAAUUCAAUAAAAAUAAUAAUACCUAGGAGCAGGAUUACCAUAAAACCAUGGAUAACUCCUGGCUUGUUGCGAUGUAUUCGUACAAGAGAUAGGAUGCACCAGAAAUUACGCACAAAACCAAAUGAUAGCGUAUUGCAAGUUUCCUAUAAAAGGUAUAGAAAUUACUGCAAUAAUUUACUUAAACGACUAAAGAAGCAAUAUGAAAGAGACCAGUUAUUCAUGAAUAAAAACAAUGCAAAAAAACUAUGGGCUACUAUUAAGACUAUAACAAAUACAAAUGCGAGUAAAAACGUACCUCUACAGCUUCUGACCACUGAUGUUGACCAAGUGACUUCAAUCAACAACGUAAACGACUAUUUUGCUACUAUAGGCAAACAACUGGCUGACAAAAUUCCCACGUGCACACCUUCAACAUCAAACUUAACACAUUCUAUUUUAAACUCACUCGUACUUUUGCCAACCGAUGACGAAGAGGUUAAAGCAUGUAUACAAAAUCUAAAAAGCGAUUGUUCUCCAGGUUGGGACGGAGUUGGUGCCGAGGUACUAAAGGCCAUUUCUGAAACCAUAGCACCUGUAAUUACAAGUAUAAUAAAUCGUUGCCUUGAGGCAGGCGUUUUUCCCAAUGCACUAAAAAAAGCCGUAAUUCAUCCAAUAUACAAGGCUGGGGACAGAGGAUGUGUCGGAAAUUAUAGACCAAUUGCCAUUUUGAAUACCUUAUCAAAGAUAUUUGAGCGCAUCAUUGGUGUCCGCCUGACUAAUUAUCUAGAUAAAUAUAAAUUGAUAUCUGA